GGUUACAGUUGAUGAGCUGACUGCUAUGACUCUGAGGUGUGAUGUUACCAGUAAUCCAGAAUCUGACAUCAAACUGUUGAACAACUCAGAGACUCUACGUGGAGUGACAAACUCUAAACAGGAUGAGUACACGUGGAACGAGGCUGGGUGUCUGGACACAGGACACUACAUGUGUGAAGCGGAAAACAACAUCAAGUCAGAUGUCAAUGAAAGUGUGCAACUUGUUGUUAGAUAAAGAGUUUACAGCAGCAGUAGGUGGCAGUGUAAGUCUGAAGAUAUCAGUGAUUGCCAAUCCAACACCGACAUUCACCUGGUACAAACUGACUGAUGGAAACAGAAAUAAUAUUGGGUCUGGUAGUUCAUCUACAACUGACGUAUCUGCUGUUGGAAAACUCACACUGAGAAAUAUUCAGCAGGGAGAUAUUGGGACCUAUCAAGUUGUGGUGUCUAAUGGAGUUAAAAACACAGAUCUUGUAAAGAACCUGACAAUUGAUGUAGCAGGUCCUCCGAAUGUUCCGUCUGCUUUCACAGCAUGGAGCAGUGAUCCACACUCAGUCUUAGUUGCUUGGCUGGAGGGAUUUAACGAAGGAUCAGAGCAGACGUUUGUUGUACAAUAUCGAGCAGACACAACACCACAGUGGACAAAUCUCACUGAAGUCAUUCCAGAAAAGGGUGUUAACACAAUUCAGAAAGCUGUUAUACCAAAUCUUCAACCAAACUCGAGAUAUAUUGUGCGGGUUUUGGCUUACAAUAAAUAUGGAUACAAAGGCUUUACUGAGGAAGAGGAAGCCUUCACUGCACCUCCAGGUGAAUCGUUUCUACCAGCCUCAUCAAACGAAAUAACUGGAGCAGGGAUUGCAGUCGGGACUGUGAUUGGAAUUGCUAUCGCUGCUGUGGCAGUGACUGUCUUUGUUGCUUUGCGGAGACGAGGCUACGUGUGUGCAUCUUCAAAAUCAGGUGGGCAGAAACCAGAAGGUAAUGUACAUCAGCAUGCACAGCUAGACGACAGAAGACGUGGAAACAAUCAUGAACUCGGUAACGGUGACCAGACAAACACAUACGAGGGACUGGGAACUCGAGAAGAUACGCCGUAUGCAAAAAUGGAACUUUAUGAAAAUCUUAAGACAUGAGAAAUCAUUAUGGUGAUAUACGUCAUAGAAUUAUGUUGCACGACGUACACGUAACACUGAAAUAUUCUGUUGGACUUUCACGAGGCCAAGUCACAAUAUGCUUAAUGACACAUCACUGACUGAACUGAUAUAUAUGCAAUACCUUAUCUUUGGUGUGAAAAUAAUGAUACAUUUAACCACGAAAAGUGCAUUUCCAUAGCUUAGAUCCCCUAUUGAACACAGACAAAUUAGAUUAAAAAACAACCCACGUUUAUUGGUAAGUCGUGUAAACCUUUUAUUUAGAAGUGAGUAAAAGAUAUGUAGUUCCAUUUAAAAAGUAUCAGUUGUAGAAAGUACUGUUGCACCAAGAUCGCUCCUUCUUCCAGCAAGUUAAACAGGAUGCUAAACGUGUCAGUGGAGAUCCAAUUGAACUUGAGCCUGCAAACUCCCAUGGUCAAUCCUCGGAUGCUAACAAUGAAACCAGUGGCAAACCAUCUAAAUAAAAAAAAGAACACUACCUUAGGUACGAACGUUGUCAAUAAAAUAUAAAUUAAAAAUAACAUGCAUUCAGAAUAAAGUUUUCUUCAACAAAGAAACAUUUACACUGGCCGUCUUUGGGUGUGGAUAUUCAAGAUUAUUGAAGACACCGCGACAGCAGCAAGA